AUUUUGCUUGUGAAGGCUUGUUAUUUAAUUUGUGUGUUGUGCAAAAUGCUGUACCAUUCGAUGUAUCGUUUGUGGGGAAAAAGAAAAAGAAAACACUGCUGGCUUCUCAGUUUGAUGACACUGUGCGGAAGGCUGUAAGUAAAAGGGAAAGGAUGGAUCAGACUCCACCAGAAGCACAGGACAUGACCGCCAGUGAGGAGCUGCCAAAAACUAACCAGGAGAGUUCAGGAACACCCAACUGUGACAGUACUGUGAGCAGAAAGACUCCUGAGGAUUCAGAAGAAACUAGCAGAGCUGAAAGCACUUGUACUGACCCCCAAGAGGACUGUCCAGUGGACAAGGCUGACAGUCCUGUUACAGAGCCUUGCCUUGCAGAUUGCACAGAAAGCUGUGCCGUGGAAGAUCAGGUCUUCACACCAGAUCAUGGUGGAAGUGGAGAACUGUGUUACCCAGAUUCUGCUCAGGAGGAGGAGGCCCCAUUCGUGGACAACUUGGCUGGUGGGGAUGGAAUUGCAAAGGUGGAAACUUCCAUUGGGUCUACAAGACAGUCUGCAACACAAUUGCUGGAAGAAGAUGACGCCAUAAACAAUGUAGAGCCAGUAUCACAGACUUCUGAGAACUUUAACUCAACAAGUCCUUAUGACACAGACUUCAGCAAGAAGCUUAUUUCUGAAAUCCAGCGUUCAUUAUCAAAAGAGUCUUUGUUAGAUGAAAUUGAAUCCGAAUUGCUUUCUUGUCAGCUUACAACUGAAUGUACUUUUCCUAAUGGGAUAAAAACGAAUCAAGAAUCUCUAGUUAUGUUUGACAAAUGUGUACAGAAUAAAUACUUGCAACAAGAAAAGACAAUCAGAAGGUUGCUAGAUGACAAUAAAAAGCACCAGGAGCUUAUUUUAGCAAUCUGUUCAGAAAAAGACAACAUGAAAGAAGAGUUGAAAAAGCGCUUUGAGACUGAAAAACAGCACAUUGGUUCCAUUAAAAAGAUAGAGGCUAGAGUGGAGGAGCUCACAAAGGAACUGAAAUCUUCAAAGGACAAACUGGUUUCCCAAGAUGCAGCUGCCAAGAAUGCAAUUCAUCAGGUACAAAGAGAGAUGGCCUUCAGACUAGACCAAGCUCACAGGAAGUGUGAGGAGGCGCGUCAGGAGAAAGAGUCCAUGGUGAUGAAGUAUGUCCGGGGAGAGAAGGAGGCUCUCGACCUUCGGAGAGAGAAGGAAGGGCUUGAGAAGAAGCUUCGAGAAGCAAACAAAGAAAUGGAGAAACACUCCAACAGAGCCAAGCAGCUCGCUCAAGAGAAGGGGAGACUGCAGCAGUUCUAUGAGACAAAGGAAGGAGAAGCUGCCAGACUGAGCCGGGAGAUUGAAAAAUUAAAAGAAGAAGUCAACUCCCACGUGAUCAAGGUGAAAUGGGCCCAAAACAAGUUAAAAACCGAAUCAGAUGCACACAAGGAAACCAAGGAAAGACUCCGAGAUACUACCAGCAAACUAACUCAAGCUAAAGAAGAGGCUGAACAGAUAAGGAAAAAUUGCCAGGAGAUGAUUAAAACAUAUCAGGAAUCUGAAGAAAUUAAAUCUAAUGAGCUUGAUGCAAAGCUUCGAGAGACCAAGGAAGAGCUGGAGAAGCAAAAGCAGGAAAGAACAGACCAGUUAGAGAUACACCACGUUAAAACAAAAGAGCUCGAUGAGCUGAAGAGAACCUUUAAAGAGGGGAUGGAUGAGCUGCAUACUUUGAGAACUAAGGUGAAGUGCCUGGAGGAUGAAAGGUUAAGAACAGAGGAUGAAUUAUCAAAAUACAGAGAGAUAAUCAAUAGACAGAAAUCUGAACUUCAGAAGCUACUGGAUCGAGUUAAAGUUAUACAGAGAUUGGAAGACCAGCAUCAAAGAGACGAGCAGUGCAUUGAAUCCUUGAAAGGGGAGAUGAAGAACCUGGAAUCUCUGAUCACAGACCUACAGAAAGACGUGGAAGGGAGUCGAAUAAGAGAGUCUGAACUGCUGGGCUUCACAGAGAAACUGACCAGCAAGAACGCUCAGCUGCAGUCUGAAGCCAACACGCUGCAGAUUCAGCGGGAUCAGCUGACCUUCAGAGAGCGGGAGCUGGAGACCCAGUUAGAAGAGAAGGGCCACAGCAAUGCUGAGCUGACAAAUAGAUUACAGAAAGAAGAACAGUUGAGGCAGGAGGAAGUCCAGACUCUUCGAAGUGAGCUAACAUCACAGAGCAAAGAAAUGGCUGGACUUAAAACUAGUAUCGAAGAACUGAACGAUGAGCUCGCUACGCAGAAACGAAAGCAGAUGGCAAAUCUAAAGGACCUUACUAAACAACUCCUGCUAGCACGAAAAAAACUUGAUCAGAUGGAAAACGGCAACUAUGACAAAGAAGCCAGCAGCAUGGGGAGUCGUUCUAGCUCAUCAGGCUCUCUAAAUGCGCGCAGCAGUAAUGAUGAUCGCUCCCCAGAAAACACAGGCUCAUCGGUCGCAGUGGACAGCUUCCCUGAAGUAGAUAAAGCUGUUCUGAUCGAGAGGAUUGUGCGGUUACAGAAAGCCCACGCACGAAAGAAUGAAAAGAUUGAGUUUAUGGAGGACCACAUCAAACAGCUGGUGGAGGAAAUUAGAAAGAAAACCAAAAUUCUCCAGAGUUAUGUUCUACGGGAGGAGACUGGCGCACUGUCUACUGAGGCCUCAGAUUUGAACAAGGCUCACCUGAGCAGAAGAGGAGGAAUCAUGGCCUCCCUCUACACAUCUCAUCCAGCAGACAGUGGCCUCACACUGGAUCUGUCUCUGGAAAUAAACAGGAAGUUACAGGCAGUGUUAGAAGACACACUGCUGAAAAACAUUACAUUGAAGGAAAGUCUUCAGACCCUUGGAUCAGAGAUAGAAAGACUAAUAAAACUCCAGCAUCAACAGGAGAAGUGGGUAAAGAAGAAAUGAAUCUGUUCAUGUUCAGCUAACCAAGGAAUGUAAAUAAAAUGAAGAGGUGCUCCACAAUGUCCAACACCAGUCAGCCAAUUAUUUAGUUUUCUCUGCAUCGGAAAGUCUGUAAUAUCUGUUUUAAGUGUUAUGAACAGGUGACAACAUGAAUGCACAGUGUGUGUGUGUGUGUGUGUGUGUGUGUGUGUGUGUGAUCAAACUGAUCCUGAAUAAUUGUAAAUGCUCAGUCUAAAAUAUACCAAAAGUAAGAUCUCUUGAGAGUUUCCUUUUGUCAACCGAAUACAAAACUGCUAUGUCCUUCUGGACCAGAUUUGUUUUUUUAUCAUUCUCUGCAGGUGUACGGAGUGCUUUGUCUCCUGGAUUUCACUUAAUCGUGCUUUUAAAACAUAUCCUCAAAAAACAAAUCUGUUCCUUUUUUAAUCACAUUUGCGCCUCUUUAGCACAAGAAAAUAACUUGUAGCCUGCGGUGUGAGAGUUUAAACAGCUGUAUUUAUUUAACUACUAUUUAACGAUAGAAAGCCACCACAAAAAAUGCAUCUCCUAAGAGCCCAGUUGUAUUUAUGUUUUUUAAAAUUAAUUAAACCUACAAAUUGCAUGUUGGUUUUAAUAGGGCAUGACUAUGUUCUAACAAUACUUGGAAGCAUUGGGGUAAAGUUUUAUCGGCCACUGAAAUAGAGUGAAAUGCAAAGUACAAAAAACACUAAAUAUAAAUUUGCAGCCCAAAUCGCCACACUGAACGUUGUUGCUGAAGAAUUUCUGUAAGUCAAUAUAUUGCACAUCCACACGCACAACGAACCUUGCAUCUUUUCUCUACUUCCAACAGCUCUGAAUGUAACCCUGUUCUUACAUCUGUGCGUGUGUGCGUAGACUGGAUCUUGUUUUCUUUUUCUGUCACUUGCAAUGCAAUUUAAAAUCUAAGGUAGUCCUCAGUAUUCUUUUACAAUUUGAGAUCUUCAUUUUUUUUUUAUUCCCCUUCUUGGUUUUUGUUAUCAGGCAGUUUCCUCUGCAUAGUGUAUUCUCUUUAUUUUCACUGGAUUCUGCCUGUAGUGUAGAGAGUUCACUCUUGCUUAUGGAUCUGCACUGCAGUAGGAGGUAUUCCUGUAUGAAACUGUGAACGGAUUAUUACUAUAUCUUUUUAGGUGUCUGGCAUUGUAGCUCACCUUCAAAUGAAAAGUGAAGCUAUCCAUGUAUUGAGUUGUACUAGCUCUUUUGUGCACUGUGUGUGUGUGUGUGUGUGUGUGUGUGUGUGUAUUUUCCUCCAGCAAAAAUGGUAUUUCAUGAACUAGUCUAAAUUUGAUAAUAGAUAUGCAAGUGUUUAUUUUAAAAGGGAUACAUCAAAAUGUAAUGUCUAUAGUAUGAAGCUGAAUGAAUGGAAAUUGUAAAUAGGGUUAAAGUGCAAUCGUGCACUUGGAAUGUGCGCCUUAAAGCAUGCAAAAUGUUAUUGCUUUCAGAUGAAUAUAAAUACAAAGACACUAAUAAUCUGGAGAUGAAGUGCGGAUACCUCAGGGGUGAAUACAUUAUUCAGCGUGAUAGUCUUGUUAGGAUAUUACAGACCCAUUCACCCGCCUGGCUGUAAUUAAGAAUUCCAGAGUAGCAUGCAGAAAAUUAAACAGUAUCCAUUAUUAGGGUCUUUAUCAACAAGACAAAUUGACCACUAACAGUAUCCAUCACUAUUUCUACCAAAACCUGCUUCUUCAAUGAUGCUGCACACCAUGCUUCAGACAUCCUGGCAUCUUUAAAUAUUGCACAUCUGUUUGGCUUCUUUUAUUAGACUGCUGCAAUCUUAUUAGUCUAUAUUCAAUUAUAUAUUUUAUGGGUGAUAUGCAAAUACUUCUAUUCAAAACAGUAUAUAUGAAGCUGGUCCUGUUAGGUAACGAAUAACAUCAAUCACAACAUGCAUUCUUUUUUUUUUUUUUAUAAACAAAUACCAUGCCAGUAGAGUAGCACCAUUAAUUACACUAAAAAACUGACUGAAACUGUGAUAAAUGUAUGUUUGCACAGGAAUGAAAAUGUAUUUUGAUGUUUCUGCAUAAGGAAACGAGUGAUGUGGAAAAGGUUUAGAUUUCGCAUUAGGACCAGUAAUAUAAUAAGAAGCAUGCCACCCCUGCUGCUGUGCGGUGUGGGGGGUAUUAACCUUCCUUUCAAAUCCACUCCACUCUGUUUAGCAUGAGGAGGAAGAAUGCAAUAUCCUGUUAAUGUCACACUUCCCCACUAUUUAAUACAUUUCUAAACUGGUGUUGUGUGGCAUGACAUUAUUAUUGGUUUAUCAUUCCACAAAUGGAAUGGGUACAUUACAAUAUAAAACAAAGGGCCUUGAUAAAGACCUCUCGCAGAAAGAUGUGUGGACAUUUUAGUUAUUAAAGUUUGUAUUACAGUCAACAGUUUUUAGUUGUUUUAUUGUUUGUUUUUGUUUACAUGCAGUGGUUACAUUGCUUUUUAUAUACUGUGUGAGCACAGAACAUGCACUCCACAACUAGGUCUAGUCUGUAUGGGAAAUUAAAACCUUUCCACAGGCUUUUUGAAUCACAAUUCCAUUACUACUGGCAAAAAAUAAAAACAUGAGGAUUUGAUUUGAACUUUACCACCUACUGUUCUUGUGUCUCUAAUUCUGUGAUUUUUGUUUAAGUAUGUUUUUAAUCUUGUCUGUUUCGGGGUUGUUUCUGCUUAUUUGUCUCUGUUUUCCUUUUUUCCUUUCUAAAUUUGAAGAUGUGUUUUAUUUUAGGUCAUUGAAAUAUGAAAUUGUAAUUUUGGAUUUUGAAGAUACAGGUUUAUGUAUAAAUGGUCAACCGUUUUUAAGGAUAUAUGAUUCUAUAUAUUAUGUAUAUAUGGCACUUAAAGUGAAUAAACCAUCUACAACUCUU